AUGAGAAAAAUUGUCAGUAAAAAAAAGCGAAGGUAUCAACAAGAUGGAUUCGAUUUAGAUUUAUCAUAUAUUCGACCAAAUGUAAUCGCUAUGGGAUAUCCAGCUGAUAAUUACGAAGGAGUUUAUCGAAAUACAAUUGGUGACGUUAGUCGAUUUUUAUCGUCUAAACACGGAGAUAAAUUUUAUGUAUAUAACUUAUGUGUAGAAAGUGAACGACAUUAUGAUGGUUCCCGUUUUAACAAUAACGUGUCAACCGAAUUCAGUUUCGAAGACCAUAAUCCCCCUACAAUCAAAAUGAUUUUAGCAUUUUGUCAACAUGCUGAAACACAACUCAAAUCAAUGACAGACCGAAUACUUGUUAUUCAUUGUAAAGCUGGAAAAGGAAGAACAGGUGUGAUGUCUUGUUGUUUUUUACUCUACUAUUAUCGUGAUGAAUACAAUGAUCCAUUGCAAACUUUACAAUUUUAUGCUCAACAAAGAACAUCGAACGAGAAAGGUGUGACUAUUCCUAGUCAACGUCGUUAUGUAGAAUAUUUUGGACAUUUAAUGAAUAGUCAAGUUCUCUACUCACCUAGACAAAUUGUCUUUACUGGUCUAUUGAUAACUUACAAUCAAAAUCAUCUUCGAAAUUGUAGUCUCUAUUACACAGUUAGCUAUUCAAAUCAUCGACGACAGUACAAAUCUUUCGAAAUUCCAUUGGAAUAUGACAUAACAACUACUAGGGAUUCCAUAGCAAGUUAUUCCGUGCUAACUGCAGGACAUAAACAUUUCAUGCCUCCCGCUCAUCAACAAUGUCGUAUUCCUUUGGAGGAAGAUGUUUUAAUUGAAAUCUUCGUAAUUAAAACUAGGCGAGGAAAAUCUGAAAAACUAUGCCAUUUCUGGUUUAAUACGUUUUUUCUCGUCGAUCCUCAAAUGCAAAAUGUUCUUAGUGUCUACACAGAAAAGCAUUCAGAGAGCAAUCUAGGCGUACUUAGUGCUUGUCUCAUACCAGAAUACGGACAUAAACAUUUGUAUACUCUAAUCAAAAAAGAUAUUGAUGGAUUACAUAAAGAUAAGCUACAUCGAUUGACGCCAUCGUCAUUUACGGUAUCUGUACUGUUUGAUUACGAUCUUACUCUUCCUGCUAACCUUUCUCAACCCGAUCAAUCGUCGGUACUGAUAGAAAACAAAUCCAGCACGAAUCUGAAACUGAUCGAAUCCGAUGAUCAAUCGUCGAUUCUUAUUGGUCCAUCCGACAAGUUGAUAGAUAGAAAUGACAUCGAACAAACGAAUCAUUUCAAUGAAACAAAGGAUAAUCUAACAAUCCCGAACGAUAGCAACACUUUUCGUGAACCGAAACGUCGUAGUCUUCGACCAGUCUCUUAUCCAACACGUACAUUUUCUCUAUAUCCCAACGGAGUGUCCGAUUGGGAUAGUACAGAUUCCGAAACAGGUAUUAAUGAAACAAAUGGUAAUCAUGGUGAACAAGAAACUCGUCAAACACGUUUUUAA